CUCUCCUACGCUCAGGUGCACGCAGAAAAACGGACCCCAGCAACUUAUUGAGUGUGUGCGAAAAGCCCCAGGCCUCAAAUAAACUCCCUUCCCUCGAUUCCAUACUUGAUCUUCUUCUUCCUUCUCUGGAUAGAAUAUGCAUUCCUAUUACAAGAUGAGCGGCUCAAGUUUAGGAACCUUAUCUAGUGAUUUGCUAGGUCGUCGCUUUCCUGUCCGACUCAUUGUAUCCUACCUCUUCGACUGGAUCAUUUGCUUUGCCUUUGUCGGUAUUGGAGGUUGGCUCGAUCGUAUUGCACCUGCUAAGCGACCCUUUUCACUUAUUGAUACCAGUAUCUCAUAUCCCUUCGCCGAACAUGAACUCGUCCCCGCGUACCUCCUCUUCGUCCUCGCUGUUGGCGUCCCCUUUGCCAUUGUUGUCGUCGUCUCCUUGAUCCUUGUUCCUGGCAUGACCGUACCCAAGGGGACACCAAAGACUCUAAUCUGGCAGCGCAAGCUCUGGGAGCUCCAUGUCGGUGUAAUAGGCCUCGUUCUAUCCCUCGCGCUGUCGUGGUUCUUUACCAGUUCUAUGAAGAACCUGUUUGGCAAGCCCCGACCCGAUCUCCUAUCCCGAUGCGAUCCCGACUGGAGUAAUAUCAACAGGUAUGUCGUCGGUGGCUUUAAAUGGCAGAGCAUGACAGGGCAGCUGGUCUCGGCCGACAUCUGCCGGCAGACAGACCAGUACAAGAUCGACGACGGUUUCCGCUCAUAUCCAAGUGGCCACUCGUCCGCUGCCGCUGGAGGUCUCAUCUAUGCCUCGCUCUUUAUGGCGAGCAAGUUUGCCAUUACUCUUCCUUUCAUCCUGCCGCCCGCUGCUUCCGCCGCAGGAGCGGCCAGCCAUGCGGCGUUCCCCUCCCAAAUCCGCAUUGGCCCUGUUGUCGAUCCCUAUGAGCUCCUAGGCACCCGUGGUCUUGAUGGCUCCUUUUCUUCCACUCCUACAAAAGAACGCGCGGGACAAGACGACGCCAAGGUCCAGUCUCUGCGUCGCCAAGCUGCUGCACCCCCAAUCUACCUCCUUGCUCUUGGCCUUCUGCCCUUUGGUGUCUCAAUCUUCAUCGCCGGUUCUCGUUGGCACGACCGCCGUCAUCACGGCUUUGAUAUUCUCUUCGGCUACUUGAUGGGUCUAACUGCCUCGAUCUUUGCUUUCCGAUACUAUCACUUGCCCAUUCGCGCUGGUGCGGGUUGGGCUUGGGGUCCUCGUAGCGACGAGCGCGCCUUUUGGGCUGGUAUUGGACGACAAGGCUAUGCCGGCACAGAUGAAGAGCUUGGCGUAUAUUCUCGUCGGCGUGACGUGGGCCACUCUGCAGACACCUCGCACCUGCCUGUUGGCAGCGUAAGAAGUCGGUAAUAGCCGGUCAAAGGAGUUUUCAAAUGUAAUAGUUUC